CAAAUUGCCUCGUUUGUGCCUUGAUUGCACGUUGAUUGCGUAACGUGACUCAGGAAUCCGCGUCGCUCAUCGUCAGAGCUGCUCUAGCCGAUCUAGCGUAGUUAGUCGAACGUGGUCGAGCGAUCAGUUCGGAAAUUUACACGCUUUGAGGAUUUUUCACGCUAAUUACUCGUGGUACAAAGGACAAGAUGCCGCGACGUGGACGUGCCGCCCCUCCUCCUCCGCGAACCGUGCGACCCGCGGCCGCACCGGCCAGGGCUGCACCAGCCCCAUCUCAGGUACCAGCUCAUGCCGCCCCAGCGUCACCCAUGGUGGCUCAACCGCAGCAGCCGUCUCUCAUGGGUCAGAUGGCUGCCACUGCCGGAGGUGUUGCCAUUGGGUCUGCCGUAGGCCAUACCCUUGGCCAUGCUAUGACCGGACUCUUCAGCGGAGGAUCCAGUGAGGCUGCUGCUCCCGCAGAUGUACCCGCAGCGCAAGCUGCUCCAGCUUCGGCACCAGCCGCUGGAGCUUGCUCCUGGGAGGUCAAACAGUUCCUGGAAUGUGCUCAGAAUCAGUCCGAUCUGAGCCUCUGCGAGGGAUUCAAUGAGGCACUGCGCCAAUGCAAAGUAGCCAAUAACAUCAUCUAAAUGGAUGUAGAAGAUCAAGAAAUGUCUAGAAAACUUUAACAAAAUUGAAGUAUAGGCUCCUCUGUUAACGAGGUACUCUACAAUCCUGUGUGGAUUAUUUAGUGACAAAAUUUUCCGUUUACUUUUGAUGCAUGAUGCAUUGAUAUGGAGUGUACUGUAAGAUGCAAUAGACAAUGAGAAUUAAUCCGUGUACAUUUUAAGACGGCAAGAGAUAUAAUAAAUUACACGUUUAGUUGA